GCCAGUUCCUCAAGGUGCGCGGAAGAUAUUCCGUGGCUGCCUGUGUGUUCUCUGCACUGCAGCCAGCCUGUUCUCUGCACUGCAGCCAGCCGGUUCUCUGCUCUUCUGCUAUUAUUACACUGCUCUGCGAUAGUAAAUCAAUAUAAUGGCUCUUAACGUCCCAGGACUUGUAGCCACCAUCAUCUUCUACCUGCUGGUGUUGGGGAUCGGUAUUUGGGCUUCCAUCAAAUCCAAACGGGACAAAAGCAGGAGCCAGGCAAACAAUGCAGACAUGGCACUGCUGGGGGACAGAAAGAUCAGCUUGGCGGUCGGCAUCUUCACCACAACAGCCACCUGGGUUGGCGGGACCUUUAUCAUCGGAACAGCUGAGACAGUGUACGAUCCAAAGUUGGGACUGAUCUGGGCCGUGAUGCCGUUAGCAGCAACGGUGGCAUUCGUUCUCGGUGGUCUUUUCUUUGCUGAGCCAAUGAGAGACAGGCAAUAUGUGACCAUGAUGGACCCCUUCCAGAUCAAGUAUGGGAACGGGCUGAGUGGACUUCUGUCUGUGGCACCACUGCUGUCAGAGAUUAUCUGGGUGACAUCGACACUGAUAAGCUUGGGAGUGACCAUGAGUGUGAUCCUGGAUUUGUCCUAUGCUGUGUGCAUCUGGAUCUCUGCUGCUGUGGCCGUCACCUACACACUGCUGGGAGGUCUCUACUCGGUGGCGUACACAGACAUCAUACAGCUCACUCUGAUUUUCAUCACCUCGUGGCUGUGCGUCCCUUUCCUCCUAAUGAGUCCCACCUCCGUUGACAUCACCACCACAUCUUUCAACCACACCUUUCAGGCUCCUUGGGUUGGCACUGUGACUGCAGACAGAGCCUGGAGGUGGCUCGACAUCUUUUUACUACUGAGUGUGGGAGACCUUGGAUUCCAGGACUUCCACCAGAGGACUUUAUCAGCCUCUUCCUCAGCAACGGCCAAGCUGAGAUGUUACGCUGCUGCCUUCCUCAUCCCUACUUUUGGAAUUCCUCCUGUGCUCAUUGGAGCAGUGGCUGCAUCAACAAACUGGAACCUGACCUCGUAUGGUUCGCCGUCUCCAUUCGAGCGAGGUCAGACAGGUCUGAUUCUGCCUCUCUCCCUGCAGCACCUAACGCCACCUUACAUCUCUGUCGUCGGCAUCGGUGCUGUCGCUGCCGCUGUAAUGUCAUCAACUGACUCUGCCCUGCUGUCUGCAGCCUCCAUCUUCUCCUCAAAUAUCUACAAAAAGAUCCUGAGGACUAAGGCUUCAGAGAACGAGAUCCAGUGGGUGAUUCGCAUCUCUGUUGUAUUUUUUGGCCUGGCUGGAACAUCGCUCACCUUCCUGCACACUGGUGUUAUGGCUUUCUGGGUCCUGGGUGGAGAAAUUGCCUACAUUAUGAUGUUCCCACAGCUGGUCUGUGUGCUCUUCUUCAGCAUCUCCAAUGGUUACGGUGCCUCUGCAGGAUUCUUCCUCGGUUUCUUUGUGAGACUUUUGUGUGGAGAGCCCUUGAUAGCGCUACCACCUGUCAUCCAUUUCCCAGGAUGUACUUUUGAAGACGGCGUUUACGUUCAGUACGCGCCUAUCAGGACCAUCUGUAUGCUGGUUACUUUUGCAGCAAUAUUGUUGGUCUCCUACCUGGCUUCUCUGCUAUUUAACAAAGGACUUAUACCUGAGAAGUGGGACGUGUAUCUGGUUAAAAUCAAGCACCCAAUCCAAAAACAAUUACCAAUAAAUGGUACUAGUGAAGAUGGAUGCCACAAAUCACAACCUCCAUGUGAGACUGGUGGAGUCCUAGAUCCGAUGUUGGAGUCAACAUGUUGAAAUGAAAAGCAUCCUGUUUUAUUACCAAAAUGUGACCUCUGACAACAAACACCUCAUUAAAGUUUUACGCUUUUACAAACAGA